ACUUACCUGGACAGGGUCAACUCAUGAUCAAGAAGAUGAGUGGCCUAGGCUAGUGACCUCCAUUGCACUCUGAGGAGGGGCGCUUAGCCUAAGGUCUCCCCAAGCGGGAGAGCCUGUGUCAUUAUUUGUGGCAGAGGGAGCUUGCGUUCGCGCGGCUCCUACCAUCUAUUAUCAGUUUCUAAUUUUUUGUUGGACAAACUUACUUAGCUGAAGUAAAGCAAAGUCUUGUAUGUUCCUAUGUUCCAAAAAAGUUAACUUAACAAUCCAACGUCAGAAGUAUCAUGUAGGUGUUUUUCUUUCGGCCCAUUAUAAGAAAACGGUUACUGAGACUUACAUUUCUAAAAAUUAUGUGGGCCUGAAUUACAAUAGAGCCUUAAACCCUAGACACAACAUCUUCUUCUUCUCUUUCAAGAUCAGAAGACGCCGCAGUUCCAUCUUCCAGCAUUGUCCUACAGAAAGAAGAGAGGUGUGAAAAUGAGUCGUGGAAGUGCAGCAGCUCCAAAGGGAAAGAAGAAGGGAGUUUCCUUCACCAUUGAUUGUUCUAAGCCUGUUGAUGACAAGAUCAUGGAGAUUGCUUCCUUAGAGAAGUUUCUUCAGGAGAGGAUUAAGGUUGGUGGCAAAGCUGGUGCUCUCGGUGAUACUGUCUCAAUCACUCGUGACAAGAACAAGAUCACCGUCACCUCUGAUGGCCAAUUCUCCAAGAGAUACCUCAAGUACUUGACAAAGAAGUACCUGAAGAAGCACAAUGUCAGAGAUUGGCUCAGAGUGAUUGCAGCCAACAAGGACCGUAACCUCUAUGAGUUGAGGUACUUCAACAUUGCUGAGAACGAAGCUGAGGAAGAAGACUAAAUAAACCAAGAUUUUUUUCUGAUCAUCUCUUCAUCUUAGUUGGUUUUUGAUUCUACUACGAUUGUCUCUGUUCUGGUUAGAUAUUAUCUAGUUUGGUUGAAGGGAUACACUUUGGUUUGUUACUGCGCAUUUGAGCUUCUAUGGAGUCUUGUUUUUUUUUUCCAGACGGUUAUUUCGGUAAACCGAGUGGAGUUUGCAAAUCUUUCGUUCCAAAAUUUAUUUCGUU